CUCACCCAUACUCCUCACCCAUACGUCUCUUGGAUCUCGAGACCAUGUCGCAUAGCUCGGGACUAUCAACAUGCCAGCCUGGAGAAAGUGCGAAUCAUACAGGCAGUCAGGCUCCCGAGGUCGAGAUUGCCAAACGUCGCAGCGCUGCCUCUAAUUCAGCUCGUAUUCCCCGAACGAUGCCCUCGGAAAUUGCAAUUGCUCGAUGCCCGUAUCAACCAAGCUCUGCUGCAGGGACGCCCCCUCCCGGUAACGGUUUGUGGCCAUCAACGUCUUGGGCACCUGAGAGUUUCCAGAUGCAGCCCCAGGUCCCAGUCGCAUUGCAAUACCAACGCGCAAGCUCUAGCACGGGGCAAGGUUCGAGAGCCAGAUGCCAAGAGGCUGACACCAAGGACUGCUCACCCCCUCCUACAAGUUCUGCGUCUCAUGCUACAGGAGCUGGCUGGAGCGAGCAACAUCAAGUGCAGCCCUGCAACAACCUCAAUCUCAAGAGACAGGCGGCGGACAACGAGAACGAUCACAGCCCCGAGGGACAGGCAUCGAACAGCAAGAACGUUCAUAGCCUCAAGAGACAAGCAUCGGACAGCGACAACGGUCGCAGCCUCAAGAGACAGGCAUCGGACAGCGAGAAUGUUCACCAACCCCAGAAGCGGGAAGAAACCAGUCCUCGCAUAUUCGUGCUCCGGGCUUCAGCUACUGAACUCUAUAACUAUGAGACUCAUCUCGAGCGGGACGAGUCGACCGGACGAAUCAAGGUUUUGCAACAAUGGGCGGAUUCCGAAGUGUCUUUCCACUCUCUGCCUGGGAAGACCCAGAUGGAGUUCCUGCACUCGGUAGCAACAAUUGGUAAGCCUGUUCUUGAUCUUCUAGCCAAGUCACCUAGAUACGAAGCUCCAGGGCCAUAUAUACGCUGUAAGGCCUACAAGAUCUAUCCAAAAAUCGGUCAACAUGGUGGGCCUGUCUGUGUUUGCGAAGUGGGUUCCAACAGAGAUAGCGCUUGGGGAUCUGGACCGCGACAAUCUCGAAAUUACAAAGCAGCAGAUGAUCGAGGAGUUUGGGGAGGAUACUUGGAAUGCUGAGGCUUGGCACCUUUUCUCUUGAAAUGAAUUCGUUCUCUUUUGUCUGGAGGUUCGAAGAUGGGGGAGAGGGGAGGCGCCUCUCAAGGCAGUACAAAUUCGUUUCUUAGUACUAAGACACACAACAAUGCAAUGUAGCUUUCAUCUCCG